AUGGUAGCGGAUCGACUCCAGAUCGAAAGGUUUUCGAUCUGGAGUGGUCAAGUUUUGCACUACCAAAAAAGCGGUCUCACAGUUGAGAAAGUCCUUCUUCCCGAAAGAUUUCUCAACUGCCACUUGGCACUAUUCGAGCAUUUUUCGGCCGAGUGCAAAACUCCUGACCAGUGGUCGAACGCCCAACCUUUCGAUCUGGAGUCGAACGCGCUACCAAAACUUGAGAAGAAACUCUUCGGGAAGAAGGACUUUCUCAACUGUGAGACCGCUUGGCGCAAUGGUAGCGCGUUCGACUCCAGAUCGAAAGGUUACCGUUCGAUCCGCUCAGUGGUCAGGAGUUUUGCACUCGGCCGAAAACUACAUAGUUUCCACCAUUUGCGAAUAGUGGUGGAAACUUGA